UCUUUUGACACAGCAAUUCUCCCACGCGAUGUUUGCAUUCCGCUCAUUUCAGUCUUGUGUUUACGUUUUGCUCUGUUCCGGCGUGCAAAAUACUGUAAAAUGUUCGAUCACGCGUUUGCGGAAGCGAACGUUAAAAGCGAUUGCGUACCAAACUUCUGGAAAGCAAUAGACAUUUAUCUGUUUAAAACACACGUUAUCAAUAGAAAGUUGUUUGGUGUAAAGAAUGUCGCUAUCCUACCGUUUAAAGUUGCUGUACCAUCGGCAGAUAAGCGGGACUAUCUACUGGAUCCAAUGAUCGGAACGGAUGUGGAAGCGGUUGAGGAAGAAUGUCGGCAGAUUCUCGUGGGCCAAGGAUAUCAAGUCCAGGUGGACAAACCAGCUAGCUGUUCCAUCGAUUAUCUAUCGCAGCGCGAUCAUGAUGGUGUUAUCGUACUGAAUCGUUUACUACCGAAAAACAUUGCCGUUUCCGAUCCAAUCCAUGUUAUAUGCUUGAUCGAUUUUAGGUCGUUCAGUGUGCAGCUGCAGUGUUUGGAAAAGGGUAAAGCUUCUAGUUUAUUUCCAACGUUUCCCCACCUGCUGCAAGUAUCGCAGGAAACGCUUUCCAUACGUUACCGAUCAACCGAUACACACGAAGAACGAUGGCUCUAUUGGAUGCGGAAAAUCCUGCUGGGAAGGAUACAGCGAUGGAUGGAAACAAGCGUUCCCAUGGACGCAACUGGUACCAGUACGGCUGCACUACAAUCCCUUGCUCUCCUGGACGAUUUGGAAGAGUACAACCGGCUUUUUAAUGAGCUGAAACAAAAGUACGGUCUCUCGAUGGUAGCCAUUUGGCCCGAGUGUACCGACCCGCAAAAGUUCGUUUUCGAAGACAUCGCAAUCGCAGCAUACUUACUGACGCUGUGGAAAAAGGAACGUGCCGCGAACGGAAUCGAGCAGCUGCAGUCGUUUGUGGAUAUUGGUUGCGGAAAUGGGUUGCUGGUGUACAUUCUCGCAUCGGAAGGCCAUCGAGGGUAUGGCAUAGACUUGCGGAAACGUAAGCUGUGGGACCUUUACCCGGCCGAACCGAAGGUAGAUUUGCGCGUCGAAACGAUCGUACCCUCGAACGCUUCCCUGUUUCCCACCAUUGAUUGGAUCAUUGGCAAUCAUUCGGAUGAGCUAUCACCGUGGAUUCCGGUCAUUGCAGCACGAAGCUCCUAUAGCUGUCGAUUUUUCCUACUGCCCUGCUGCCCGUACGAUUUCGAUGGAUGUAAAUACCAGCGACAGAACUGUUCCCUCAGUCAGUAUGGGGACUUUCUAAACUACACAACGGAAAUUGCACGCACCUGUGGGUUUGUAGUGGCAAUCGAUCGUCUACGGAUACCCAGCACCAAGCGAGUGUGUCUGGUGGGCAGUAAAAGGACGUACCCGGAACAGGAACACGAACAACGGGACGCAAAAAUAAGAUUAUUCAUCAAUCAACGGCCGCAACAUGAAACGAUGCACAGUGGCAGAGAAGAGUCCGGAGCUACCGAGGCUUGGUCGGCAAACUUCAAACCCAGAGAAAGUGUCGAAAAGGUACGAAACUGUACGAAAAUCGAUCGUUCCGUCGUGGACAAGAUCGUGUCGAUUGUGUUCGAGCAGCUCCUGACAAAGCGAUGCGUUCCGGAAGAAUUCGCCGACCGUAACUGGAAUGCCGGUGGAAGGAUACCGCUCGAGGCACUGGUGAAAAUGAUACCGCAGGAGUAUCUUACCGCGAUGAAGGCUGAGUGCGGAGGGCUACAAACGUUGCUGCGCAACAAUCAUCAAAUUUUUCGUGUAGAAAAGGGCACGGUGAAGCUCAGAAUGCCUGCAAAGGUGUCGGAUGCGUUGGGCGAGCAGGUGGUCAGGAAGAUGACUCGAAAGUCGAAUUUCAAACCGACCAACUUUAAGCAACGUGUUUGCUGGUUUUACACCAACCAUCCUGAUGGUUGCCCGUUGCUGGAGAGUGAAUGUAGAUUUAACCAUGGCAAUUGAUGCCGCUUUUGCUUUCCCCCAGAGUUACAAUACAAUAUUUAAAAAUUGUAUUUAUCCCUUUUCUACUUCGGCACUACAGGCUCAGCAGCGUCCCAUUUCUGGUUUCUUUGUCUUAGUUUUACCCGAAGCAGGACAGUUGGUUAGAGACUGGUACCAGAGGGACGGUACGGGUGGAUUUUGCUAACAGUUGAAUAUAAACUACAUUCUCAACAACCGUUAUUUACACGA